AUGGCGCAUCGGCUGCUGCGGGACGCGCAGGCGGACGGGUGGGAGCGGUCGGACUUCCCCAUCAUCUGCGAGUCAUGCCUCGGCGACAACCCCUACGUCCGGAUGUUAAGAGCUGAGUAUGACAAAGAGUGCAAAAUUUGUGCACGCCCUUUUACUGUCUUUCGGUGGCGGCCUGGUCGAGAUGCAAGGUACAAGAAGACUGAGAUUUGCCAGACAUGUUGCAAGCUAAAGAAUGUCUGCCAGGUCUGCCUGCUGGAUCUUGAAUAUGGUCUGCCUGUUCAGGUCCGGGAUACAGCACUCACUAUCAAUUCUAAUGAUGCAAUUCCAAGGAGUGAUGUCAAUCGCGAAUAUUUUGCAGAAGAGCAUGACAGGAGGGCCAGAGCUGGCAUAGACUAUGAUUCUUCCUAUGGGAAGGCUCGUCCAAAUGAUACCAUUUUGAAGCUUCAGAGGACAGCACCAUAUUACAAGAGGAACAGAGCUCAUGUUUGUAGUUUCUUUGUGCGUGGUGAAUGUACAAGAGGAGCUGAGUGCCCUUAUCGUCAUGAGAUGCCUGAAACUGGGGAGUUAUCUCAGCAGAACAUUAAAGAUCGCUACUAUGGAAUUAAUGACCCAGUUGCACUGAAACUUUUGGGCAAGGCAGGUGAGAUGCCAUCCCUGACACCGCCAGAUGAUGAGACUAUAAGGACCCUCUACAUUGGUGGACUUGAUAGCAGAAUAAUUGAGCAGGAUUUGAGGGAUCAGUUUUAUGCCCAUGGUGAGAUUGAGUCCAUAAGGAUGGUACUUCAACGUGCAAUUGCAUUUGUGACAUAUACUACAAGAGAAGGCGCAGAGAAGGCUGCAGAGGAGCUUGCUAACAAGCUAGUCAUCAAGGGUGUGCGCCUGAAGCUGAUGUGGGGCAAGCCUCAGGCUCCAAAGCCUGAGGAGGAUGAGUCUGGGAGGCAGGGGCAGGUUUCCCAUGGAGGACUGCUCCCUAGGGCUGUCAUAUCUCAGCAGCAGAGCGGUGACCAACCUCAACCCCCUGGGGUGGAGGGCCAACAGCAACAGGCUGCACCAGCAUCGUACUACUUCAACAUUCCAGCACCACCAGCAGCAGAGCGGACUCUGUACCCAUCCAUGGAUCCACAGAGGAUGGGUGCUAUAGUAAAAUCACAGGACGGUGAAGGUAAACCAGGGCCGCAGCAAGCCGGGCAAGCUCAGCCAUCAAGCAGCUCAGCACAGGGUGGCUAUCCUGCACCACCGCCAUACUACCAUGGUCAGUAUCCACCAUACUAUCCACCUCCACCACCAUAUGGUGGCUACAUGCCUCCACCGCGCAUGCCCUACCUACCACAAUAUCCACCUUACCAGCCGAUGCUAGCACAACCAGCACAGGCCAGGCUAGUUCAUCUCAGCAACCACAGCAAGCAGGUGCAGGACAGCAGCCGCCUCAUGGCCCUCCAGCUCAGCAGCAGCCGCCUCAUGGCCCUCCAGCUCAGCAGCAGCCACAGCAGUCAAUUCAGAAAUGAAUCGCAGCAAUUGUCCUUGAGAAAUGAUGCUGCCCGCAAGCUGUUGGGAUUGCCAGAUACUAGAGCUCAGAGGUCACAGCUUAAAGAUGCUGACCUGCAAAUGAAAUCGAUGUCAUCUGAUAAGGGAACUGCCAGUGAGAGUACAACUCCUAAUUUUGCAAUGGAAACAAGCAUUACAGUAUCUGGGGACUGGCUGCCGAGAUCAAGCUCUUCCACUGAUCAGGUAAGUCGGUGUUGUGCUUUGUCUGAUCAAUUGUUGGCUACCGCUUCCAUUUGCAAACAAUGGGAGUUGGUGAUCAAUAUUGCACACAGGACAGCAGUAGAGAGAAACCCAGAUCUGUCUACGGCGUUGAUUGGAAUGGGACAAACCCUGUUCUCAAAUAGAUUGUUUCCUGAAGCUGCAGUUUGUUUUGAACAUGCUAUACCAAAGAUUCAAGAAGAUGAUCCUCUGCUUGUGCUUGCAUAUUUCGAGGCAGGUCUUUCAAACGAGCGUCAGGAUGACCAGAACUACAGUGAUGACCAUAAUCCACUUAAUGGCAGACCACCUGCAAAUAGGAUGAAUACUCAAACAGGGUUUCAAAUGCCAUUGGCGACUGAAAAUCACAGUUCAUUACCAGCUUUAUGCGAAGGUCUGGGAAACAUUAAAACAGGGGACUCUUAA